CAUAUAAGGCGGCUUCACAUACUUCACAGUCAUUCAUCAGUUCGUAUCUCUUGAGUCUGGCACUCGAACCCAUCCUCACUCUCACUCUCUAGACUUUCGCACCUCUCAUUCAAAUUCUUCGCGCACCCCCAUGGCUGCCACUGCGAUCCAGAUACCUAGAUUGACCAUACCUGCCGCUGGGCCGUCCACCAUCGGUAUUUACCCGACGAGUCCACUCGCACAGUUCCCACCUCCAGUUCCAGUCCUCCGCACGCCACUCCGCGAGCGCUGCGGGUUCACGGCAGAGCUCAGCCUGACAAUCAAGACGAGCUUUGGGCAACAGCAGGCAUGCAGCGGGUCGUGGUCGCCCAAAGGUCACAUCCAGCCGCACCGCAGCCAUCUCCCGCGCCGGCGGAAGGCGCAGAUCAAGCGCAUUGUGUUCUAUGACGACGAGCCCGAGCAAACGCAGCCCCCCGCGCCCGCACCCGGGGCCUUCGUGCCGCCACCCAAGCCUGCCGACGAGCCGUGCCUCCAGGAAGCCGUCCCCGGUCUGUUUGUGGCGUUCAAGACCGAAUCGACGCACCCGCACGAUGCGAGCUACACGCACAUCAUCGACGUGUGCUACCCGCUACCAGGCUAUGACGCCGGCGCCACCGAGCAGGCCUACCAGCCUGAGGGGCGCGUGCACCGACUGCGUCUUGUCCUCCCGGAAGCGUCGAAAGAGCCGCCUGUGCGCGCCGGUCUCGCACUCACCGAGGCCCAGCUCCGUGCAGCGCGCGACUUCCUUGCGCAGGCGCUCCCCUACGGCAGCGCGGCGCAGCAGUCGGUCGCCACUCGCCCUGCAGCGGACAAGCAGGCCACACGCGUCUUGAUUUCUACGCCACCGAGGCGGCCGACGGAUGCCAUGUCCAUCGUGGGCUGCUACCUCGCCUUCGCGUCAAGGAAGAGCGUCGACACCGCCCUCCGGUGUAUCGACGACGAGCCCGAGUUCUUGAGCGUCUGGAAGGGCGAGGUGUCGGAGGACGAGGUCGCGCGGGUCGAACGUGUUGCCAGGAUGUGGUCGUGGCUGUCGGGCAUCAGGCGGUAGAAGCUCCAAGAAAUGAUGAGAACUUACCAUGACGAAGGACACUUGUAUCCGAGCAUCUGGAGUGCGUCGAGAAACCUGCAUGUAUUAGUAUAUCCCAGCACUGUAUAAUAACUGAAGAGCAGUAUUUAUGAUAUCGUACAUGUUCUUAUUACGUUCCACUCA